CCCUUCUCGGCUUUCGUAAAACAACACCUCGAAGCAUCAGAACAGAAACUCAACCAUGCGAACGACUCAAAAUCCGUUUUGCGAACCAAAGCUUGGCGCAUGCGCAGGCGUUAUUCACGCCGACCACACCGACACUUUGAGACAUCACAAAAUGGCUAAGAUGGAGUAAUAAUUUAAGACGUGAAUGUUAUUGAGAAAUUAACUUCGAAUGAGAUAUCUAGCGCAGUAGAAAUUAUCGAUUGGUGAAAGAAAGUGUAGCAGUACUGUCAAUGGCGAGUUCAAGCGCGUUGACUGCUGCAAGUGGCGAGGAGGAGAAUAAAGAGCAGAGGCCUACCGAUGUUAUGUUUCUCUGUGACGAGUGGAAAUCUUCGAAGGGUGGAAUAUCAACUUUCAAUCGCGAAUUCGCUAUUAAUUUGGCAGAAACAACGACUGGAAGCAUGAAAAUCCAUUGCUACGUCUCAAAAAGCGAUGAUCAGGACAGAGAAGAUGCCAAACAACAUGGUGUAAACUUAAUUACAGCACGAAGUGUUCCUGGCUCAUCCGACCCCUUCGAGCGCUUGAAGUUUCCACCCUCCGAGCUCCCAAACCCACAGCUAGUGAUAGGCCAUGGAAGAAAGCUGGGUAUUCCCGCGUAUUUUCUCGUAAAGAGUACAAAGUGUAAAUGGAUACAAUUUGUCCAUGUUUACUGUGAAGACGUUGGAAAAUACAAGAAAACAACUAUGGCUGCAACAGAUACAAUCGAAGAGAACGAGAAGAAACACAAGGAGGAAAUUGACUUGUGUAAAGUAGCGGAUGCAGUUGUCGCCGUUGGCUCCCGUCUACAGCAGAAGUACGGUAGGAGUCUCCUUAAUGUCAAGGUGGAGAUUAUCACUCCUGGAAUCGUUGGAAAGUUUUUCAAUGAAUCAAAGUUGGCCGUGGACAGAUCAGUAGUAAAGAAUUUUAACGUUUUCAUGUUUGGCCGAGCUACCUAUGAGGAUCGUUCCCUCAAAGGAUACGAUAUAAUCGCAAAGGCCAUUGAUUCUCUUGGCAAGAACUUUGACCUGACAUUUGUUGGCUCAUCUCCUGGUGAAUAUGAAGAAGUUGAGCAGUGGUUUCUUGACAAUAGUGGCAUCAAGCGCAACCAGCUAACCAUUCGUGGGUAUUGCAGCGAACAAGAGGAACUUAAAAUGAUGUUCUUUCAGGCAGACUUGGUUGCUCAGCCAUCCCGUACUGAGGGGUUUGGGCUGGUUUCCCUUGAAGCGAUUUCUGCUGGUAUUCCAGUACUUGUUUCUGGUCAAUCUGGUAUAGCUGAGGCUCUGCAGAAAGUAGAAGGUGGAAACGCUGUCAUUGUUGGAUCAGAUGAAGAUGCAUAUGAAUGGGCGCAAAGGAUUAGAGAGAUUUCGGAACAAAGUGUAGAAGAGAGGGAAGCCAAUGCUUUAAAGCUUCGUGAGAACUACGGGAAGCUUUACUCUUGGAGGGAAGAAUGUGAGAAGUUCAAAGGGAUGAUUGAGAGAGUAAUGAAAAAUAAUCAAAAAUUAAAUAUCAAGGUUGAUGUGGAACAGUUGAAACUUGCAGAUCAUGAUGCUUGCAGUACAGCUUCAGUUUCAGCAGUGGAGCCAGCAGGAUGUCAGAAAGCAUCCACAACAUCAGGCAUAUGCAGAAAAAGGAGAUUUGAUGCAGAGAAAGAAGAUUUCCAAUCACUUGAAAAGAAAGUUUUGUGCUUAAUUGCUAUGAAUUACCUCAAUACUACACCACCGCAAAGCAGGGAUGAACACAAUGAGUUUCGGGAAUACUUGCAAGAAAUGAAGGUCCUUAUUUCAAGCGUUUCUAUGGGAAGUUUGUUGAUAACAGUAAAGUGUGAUUCUCUUGAGAGCUUGGAGGAGUUAUGGGAAGAUUACUUAUGCGGCCUUUUGGAUAAGAUGGUUCGAGAUUGUUUUGUGACUGAAAAGAUCUUGAAGGAACUAAACCUGGCAGAGCUGAAGCUGAAAACAACAAUGGACGUAGAAGAGUACAAUGCAUGCAAACUGUACUUUAAGAAGGAUGCACUUAGAGGUACUUCGCCCCUCACUGUAAUACCCACCACUGGUCAUGGAAAGCAACUCAAAGAACCCACAGGAAGGAUAGGUAAAUGGGAAGGUACUUCACUCUCCACCAUGCUGCCCACUGCUGGUCAUGGAAAAGAACUGGAAGGAAGACUGAAAACUAUGAAACUUCAGGAAGAGAAACGCAUCUUAUCUCUGCCUGGACCUUCCACCUUUGAUCCUGAGGAAGAACUAGAAGAGCUAUGCAGGGUACUUCAGUUAGGGGAAGAUACUUCACCCUCUACUGUAUUGUCCACUUCUGGUCAUAAAAAAGGACUGAGAAAGACUGAGAAAGUAAGACACAAAAUUGUGAAACCUCAGGGAAAGAAAGGUAUGUUGCCUCUCCAUGGAACUUCCACACAUAAUCCUGAAAAAGGAGUAGAAGAGCUAGGUUCUUUACCUUCCCCUCCUCUCUCUACCACUGAUCUUGAAGAAAAGCUAGAAGAAGUAUGUGUGAAACUUAAGAGGCUGAGAAUGGAAGGUAGUUUACCUGCCCAUCAAUCGUCAACCAGUCAUGUUGAGGUAAAACUAGCAGAACUACAGAUGGAACUUAAGAGGCUCAGAAUGGAAGGUACUCGGCCUCCCCCUGAACUCUUUACUGAUCUUCUUGAACGCGAACUAGAAAAACUACGUGUGCAAAUUACUAGAAAAAGACAGAAAGGCAGUUCACCUCUCCCUGAUUGCACCUUAGAUGAAGAAAUAAGAGAAAUACUCGAGAAACUGCAGCAAAAGAGGAUAGAAGAAUUAGAGAACACUAUGUAUCCGACCAUUAUAUCAGGACUGGCGAAGUUUGAUGUCAGUUUACCCGAGGAACUCCAGAGUUAUUCCAGCUACUUAUUAAAUGAGUCAGCCAAACUUGGCUUACGCAGGAAAGUAUCCCAAAGGCCCAGUGCCGUGCAGAAAUUACGAGAAGCAAUGGAUAAAUACGAAUUGAAAACUUUCCUUACUAUUCACAUCAGAGAAGGUGCAUGGCAGGUGGUGCUGCUGUUUACGGAUGAACUUCGCUCACGCAAACUACCAAGUGACUGGUGUGAAACAAAGUGGGACUGGCACGAGAAGAUGCUUAUUUCAUCGAUAUACAGUUCGGCCUCAGGCAUAUUGAAGGCGUGGCCAACAGAGUGCGACCCUGAUUUGGUAACAUUGUGUAAAGCUAUCACCAACAGGGACUGGAAAGUAACCAGAUUAUUCUUUUCUAGAUGUCGGUUAUCUAAUGAAGGUUUGAAGAACUUGAGUACAGCUCUAGUUCAGGGUGAACUUUACAGCUUGGCCAUGUAUGACAAUGCUCUACAGGCUCAAGGACUAAAACACCUGUGUGAAGCGCUGAUGAGAAGUGACAGCAAUUUAAUCAGCUUAAGCAUCAUUCGCAAUUGGUUAGGAGUUGAAGGUAUAAUGCACUUGUGUCACGUGCUCACCAGUGUUAACUGCAAGUUAACCAGUUUGAACGUCUGUCGGAAUCUCUUUGGAAGUGAAGGAUUAAAACACUUGUGUGACGCACUGAUCAGCGCUAACUGCACAUUAACCAGUUUAAACUUAAGGUACAAUAAGUUAGGUAAUGAAGGAAUUAAACCCUUGUUUACUAUUCUGACCAGCAGUAACUGCACCUUAACCAGCUUGGACGUCUCAUUUAACAGAUUAGGAGACAGAGUAUUAAAGGACUUAGCUAAAACUUUAACUAACACAGACUGUACUUUAACGAGUUUAGUAAUCCGUAGUAAUUUAAUAGGAGAUGAAGGAAUAAAGUACUUGUGCAAAGCCCUAACUGAUGUCAAGUGCAAACUAAGGAGCCUAGACCUCCAAGAAAAUAGGAAGGUAACAGACGUGGGCAAACAGUGUUUGUCUGAAGCGAUAACUGGUACUGACUGGAAAGUCAGACGAGGCCUGAAACUUUCUCGUACCACUAAUUCGGAGGCAUAGAGCUCGGAUUGGCUUCUCCUGUUACCUAUCGCUUGUCAUGUAGUUAUGUAAUUGUUAUUAAGUAUAGAAUUAUUGUUCAACGCGUGUUUUUUGAUAAGGUAGAUAACAGUUUGUUAGGAUUUUUCACGUUAUCGACUCUCCGUCGGUUGUCGAUCAAACAGGGUUUUCUAAACGACUCUCAGUGUGACAGACAAAACGUCACCAUCAACAAUUGAUCACUGACCUGAGUUGUUAGACAAAAAGGUACUAAACUUUCAUAAUCUUUUGUUCAUGUUAAGUUAUUUCAGAAAAUAGGGUACAGAUACGCCUUUGAAUUGAGUUGUUCAAUUAUAUCUUUGUGACUAUGAAUAUCUCUGUUUUCCGAAAGACAAACUUUUGAACACUUGCAUGAACUUUUGACGUACAAAUAAGAUGACAAUAUGUUUGCUUAAUUUUAAUGGCAGAUGAUAGUUUUUGUUAGUAGUGUUAAAGUACUUAUUCAACAGCUUGAUUGAAAAUGCUCUCUUUCUUGUUAAUCUUGUUAGUCCUCUGAGCGGAUUCAGGUCAUGUUGUAAAACCUAUUGUGUUCUCUUUCAAAUGAGUUUAAUUAUACUUCCCCUAGAAAAUCAUUUAGGCAAAGCUUGCACUCGAACUUGUGAUUUUUUUUUUUCAGCUGAUGAUUUCAUUAAGAGCGGAGUUAAUUAAUACUCCACAAAUUCCUUAUGGUAGAAAUUAUUUUACGGCUAAGGUCUUUUUUUUCAGAGUAUUAUCUCUUUUUUAGUGUAAUCUAAGUCCAGAGUAUAAUCUGUUGUUUUAGAAUUGACAACUCUAAGAAAAAAACGUAUUUUGUAUUUUUUUCUAUGUGGAAACAGAAGUUUCGGUAGAUAUUAAUUUAACAAUUUGAACUUAAACGUUCCUUUGUACACUGAGUAGUUUAGAUGGUAUUAUUAUGGAGUAAUGUUUACAGCUUCUCUAGAAUGUGAAGGACCAUACUAAACUGCGAAGUAUUUUAUCCAAGGACUUUGAAUAUGUACAAGG